CGGAGACACUGGCUUCCAGCAAUUUUGCGGUCCCCGCAGUGAACCGAGCAAAAUCCACCGUAGGACAUGGACCACCCCGUCCUAAUCUGACGGCUCGCAGAAGGGCAGUGGAUGAUUCAACGGUGGAAUUAUCACGUAGCUCUGUUCUGUUCACCGGCCAAAGUUUAUAAAUAAACCCAAAGCGCUGCAGUGCUGCACCGUUCGCACGGUUCACGGGCACUCUGCUCCUUCCCUACCAUUGUUAUUAUCUCGCAGUGCAAUCAUGGGAACAGGCCGCGUCGCCCUCCACCACCACCUCUUUCUCCUUUCCGCCCUGCUCCUCGUUGGCACGCCCGCGGAGGGCCUUGUCCGCGUCACGCUGAAGAAGCUACCGGUCGGCGAGAACCGCCUCGUCACCGGAGAGGACGCUCAGAGCCUCCUCGCGCAGCGCCAUGGCCUUGUCUUUAACGAGGAGCCGCAACCGCCGCCAAAGAGAGAUAUCGUAAUACUGAAGAACUACCUGAACGCUCAGUACUACGGCGAGGUCGGCAUCGGAAUGCCGCGGCAAAACUUCACCGUCAUCUUCGACACUGGCAGCUCCAACCUCUGGGUGCCCUCCUCCGAGUGCUACUUCUCGACCGCAUGCUACCCGCACAAGAGCUAUAGAGCCAGCUGGUCGAGCACGUACACGAAGAAAGGUAAAAGGGUAUCAAUUCAUUAUGGAACUGGCGCAAUUGUUGGCUAUAUUAGCCAAGACAGUGUGCAAGUUGGUGGUAUAGUUGUGAAAAAACAGGAUUUUAUUGAAGCUGCCUUGAAGCCAAGUAUUACUUUCAUGCUUGCAAAAUUGGACGGCAUUCUUGGUCUUGGGUUUAAAGAAAUCUCAGCUGGCGGUGCAGAACCUGUUUGGUAUAACAUGGUUAGCCAAGGUCUGGUUGGUAGCCCCGUCUUCUCAUUCUGGUUCAACCGUCAUGCUGGUAGAGAGAAGGGAGGAGAAAUAGUUUUUGGAGGAAUCGAUCCUAAUCAUCACAAGGGAAGGCAUACGUAUGUCCCUAUUACUAAGAAGGGAUACUGGCAGUUUGAUAUGGGCGACGUCUUGAUUGGAGGAAACUCCACAGGAUUAUGUAAAUCUGGUUGUGGAGCAAUAGUAGACUCGGGAACUUCAUUGCUUACUGGCCCCACGGCGAUAGUUACUGAAAUUAAUUGGAAAAUUGGUAUAUCUGGGACAAUGAGCAAAGCGUGCAAGACCGUUGUUUCUAAGUUUGGGCGGCGGAUAGUGGAUUUGCUGCGAAAGGAGAUAUUGCCAAGAAGGGUAUGUGACUUAGUCGGUUGCUGUUUCCUUGUUGGGCCUCAUGGUGUAAGCGGUGGUAUUCAAAGGGUAGAAGAAGAAGUUGGGACAUCAAAUAUUUUUAUUUUGUGCAAAGCUUGUGAGCACGUUGUUAAAUGGGCGGUGAAGAAAAUUUCACAGAAUGAAACUGACGAUUCUAUAUUGCACAGCAUUAAUGAGGCAUGUUUCCUACCUUGUAAUACCAAUGCAAGAAUCACACUCUAACACAGUUCAACAAGAAAAAAAUCUAACUUAUUCAACUUUGCAGAUGUGUGACGAUAUUCCUAACCCUAUGGAAGAAUCAUCCGUGGACUGCGGAGAACUUAAAUCCAUG